AGCACUGAUCGAUCUGUUUGACAGUGCAGACGGGAAGGACACUCUGGGAGUUCCUCUGCUGGACCACGAACGGAUCCGGCAGAUUUGGAAAGAACAGCAGAAGCACGUGCAGUGUAUCCAAGACCCAGAGAACUUUCCACUCUACAUCAGGAAGGGGACACUGAAGAAAGGUGGCGUGGAGCUCUGCUGCUACAGAUGUGCCCGUGGCUCUACAUCCUUGGAGUCAUUCCACCUCCACCUGAACCGAUUUAUUCCAGGAACCAGUGCCAGUGAUGCGCAUUUUCAGGCCUAUCUCCUCGAGGGCUUGAUGCGUUGGAAUGAUGACCGGAUGGAAGACGCCAUAAAAGGAGCAUCCUCCAUCCGGUCAUUUGGCAGUGCCAUGAAAGAGGCUGUGGAGCGGCUUAGCCCAACAGUCUUUGGGAAGCCCUGGGAUGAGCGCUAUCGCCCUCCUGGAGCAUAUACAGGUGAGUUGCUGGGAAUGGAGUAUCUUUACAGCCAGACUGGCAAAACACUGACUCCAGUGCUCCAGAACCCCGAAGAGGAAGACAGGCUGGUGGAUGAAGUCAAUGACCAGGACCUGCAAGAUGAGGGAUUUGGGGAAGAGAUAACUGAGGACAUCACAGUUCCAGUGCUGUAUGAGGAUGAACCCUGCCGUGAUCUCGUGAUCAGCCCCUCAUCUUUGCCUCUGCCUCGGUCUCCAACAUCACUGGCUGAGCCAUCCACAUCUUCUGGUGGAGAAGGACAGCAUCUUGCCCCUUUAGUGCUGUCGCAGCCACCUGACACUGGAAGCAGUCUCUCCACUGAAGCUCAGGGCGCAGUCAUUGGACCCGAUGGCAUCGCUGGUUGGGACAAGGUUCAGGAUUUGGCUGGUUACCUGGUGAGCCUUAGUGAGGCUCCUUACCUCACUGAUCUGCAGGUGACCGAAGCCAUUCAGCUAUGGACAGCUCUCCCUGACAUUGACAAACAGCGGGUCAACUAUCAGCCUCGACAUCAGCCUCAGCUGACACAUGGGCGCUUUAAGGCACCGAAGCAGUCAGGAGUCACACCGGGUGUGGAGAGUGUCAAACGGUGUCUGAUUGGACAUCCUGGGGGUCCAGCACAGUGGCCCAGCACCAGCCGCUUGGUUGAGGCCAUUUGUAUAAAGCUGUGUGCUUUACACAAGUCACCAACCAAGAAGUCCGGAGUUAGCAUCCCCAGGUGGUCUAAAAUCCUCUCAGAUUACCACCACAUCCGAGACCUGGUCCUCAACAGUCGCAGGCUGAUGGAUGAAACAAUAAUCCAGCUUUUUGAGCUAAACCAGAGGACACUCAUUCAGUGGUUUCAACGGCGGCAGAAGAAUCAGGAAAUGAGUGUCCUCGCUCAGGGACUGACUCCACCUGACCCAAUUGCUGUGGCUGAUAUGCAGCUUCCUCCGCCAAGGGAAAAAUUGAAUGAAGCGCCAUCGACAUCAGGUCCAAAGCAUAAAUUCAUCCUUCCGCCAAAUCGAGAAGGACAGGCUCCUCGUUUGCGACCAGGUCGACGGCCCGCUGCUGCUAACAGGGAGUGCCCCAUCGCAGCUGCCCCCACAGCAUCAGGAGAUGUGCAGCCCAUUUCUGCACCUGGGUCAUUGAUGGGCACACUAGUCCUUAACCCUGACAUGACUGUGUCAAUGGUGAUUCCGUCUUCUGGUGCAGGCACAGCUCUGCCUGCUCCUGUGUCUGCUGCUUCUGUGUCUGCUGCUCCUGCAUCCCGUUACACCCAAAGGAAUAGGCGCCGGCGGGCGCAAGAGAUGGAAAGUGGAGUUUGUAAGAGGAAGUAUCUGCGGGGGGUUAAUUUUAACAAGUGCAGCAAAUGUGGGCAGCCCAAAACUAAGGAGUUUGGACAUAGCCGGUAUGGUAGUGCCACAUUUUGCUUGCAUGCUUCAAAUGGCAAAUCUUUAGAAGAUUGGUUGGCAGAACAGCGCCAGCAAAAUAAACCCCAAACUCCACCUCCUCAAUAAGUUUCAACUUUCCUGUAUAUAUUUCAUGGGCCAACUCGUUCAUAUUGUCCUGUAUAUUUGUUGUGUAUAUCAAAGGCCCAAGCGUUCAUAUUCUUCUGUAUGUAAAUAUAUAAAUAUGUGUG